AUGUCACGGGGAAGGUCUGCCUUGGUCCCCACACAACAAGGGCCGAAGCUCCACAUUGCGCAGGUUCCCAAUGAUACACUCACCACAUGGUUCGUCAAUACGUUGGAGGUCCAGGACGUGCGCUAUGAUAUCACAUACUAUGGACCUUUCCUCCGAGACUUACCCCGAAGACUCGGAUCUAGUCCCGUUUUGGAUGCUGCUGCAACAGCACUAGUUUCCUCAUAUCCUUAUUUUCAAAAACAAGAUGUCCCACCUGCUGUCUUGGUGAAAUUUGGGAAGGCUUUGAAGGCGCUCAGGGAGUGUUUGAAUAGUCCGGUUGAUGCUCGAUCUCCUAAUACGCUGUGUGCAAUCUAUCUUAUCUCUAUAUGCCAGAGCUGGGUUGGGAUAUCUCAAAAGCAGCGAUCUAGCCAUGCGGAAGCUAUUGCGCAUCUUCUCAGAAUUAUAGAUCUUAAUGAAUACCAGAGUGGAUUUGCACGACAUUUACUUAUCACUUUAUGUGUCCCUGUGAUUUUGGAAGGCAUGCGAGAUCCUCGCAUUCAAAUGAACAAACGGUUUUGGGACCAAAUGUCGAGUCUACUUAAUCAAAAUCCUCCACCACCAGAACACAGCAGCAUCCCCCGACCAACCACCAGUUUGUUCUCCCUCGCGAUAUUCCCCGAGUAUAUCCACAACCCCUCUCUACAUCUUCCCGAAAUAACUUCAGCAUAUCUCCAGCUGAAGACCGAUGCACACAAGAUGCAUGCAUAUCAAAGUGGCGGCUUUCUAUCCUCGUUACCAACAAUCCACCAGUCCCGGUACCAGGCAGCAUAUACGGUGGUCUCCUCUCUAGCUCUCUUAUUGAAUAAUCUCCUUCAAUCAUUUCAUCCAUUCGACACUUUACUCGCCAAGGACUCAGCGCUCUUUGUCCAGCAAAUCAUCGAGGGAGCUGAUCUAGCCUCCCGCGACCGUCCACUUGGUGCCGCGUAUGUCCCGUUAUGUCUCAUCGUUGCGUUGGCUGCAACAAGAGAUCCUCAGCAGGUGGCGCGUGUUGAGGCUACAUUGGGAGAUUAUCAAUCCGACUUCAAGACGCUGGAAUGGCGGAAUUGUGCUAGGUGGCUCAAGAAGCUGUUGAAAAACCACCGACUGAAUGGAGAAUACUCUGGAGCAGGUUUUGAUGUUGACACUUCUGAGUUGGGAGUCCCAGGGGGGUGUGCUAUGAUGUGA